UGACAAACACUAGUCUGAUAAUAAUACUUGCUUAGCACCGUCGCGUUUAUAUUUUUUUUUAUAAGUGUUUGAAAAGAAAUAAUAAUGAAUUUUCAUAGAAAUAACGAUUAUGAGGUUCACCCGCCUAUUAUAUCGCUCACUGACUACAGAGAUCAGAGAUUGUUAAUGGGACGCAAUACUAAAUCUGAGAUAGACAUAACAGAUGUAGUGCUUAAAGGCAACUCGCUGGUGGCCACAGUUUCAGUCACGAACUACAAUAUUCCGUUCGUUACCAAAACAAGCCGGGAGCUCAUAAUCGGUGGCGUGGUGGGCUUCCAGGUGAAGGUGGUUACAGCCAUGAUCAGCAAUGGCCAUAUGACGGUGUACAACAACUUGGUGUUCGUACAGUUCAUCAAGCGGCGUCAGAAUGACGAACUCAACUACGUGCUGAAGCUCACCGCCACCGACCUGAACAUAGAAGACAAACGAUUCACUAGCGACGACGGCACGUGGCACUUGAUCAACGAGAACAAGCGGCUGCAGUACACAUUCCAAGUGAACAUAUUGUUGGAGGUGGUGCCGCGCGUCAACUCCUUCGCAAGCUUGCACGACGACGAGGAGUUGACCGACUUCGAGCUGCGCGGAGUGGACGGCUCAGUACACAUGCACCGCGCCGUGUUGGCCGCUGCCAGCCCCGUGCUGCGGCGCAUGCUGGGCGGCGUGUGGCGCGAGACCAAGGAGGGCUUCGUGGACAUGCCCGGCACCUCGCGCGCCACUCUUCAGGACCUCAAGAACUACGUGUACCUGCGCACGCUGCCCGAGACAGGACUGGAGGAGCUGUUGCUCCUCUCGUCUUACUACAUGAUGCCAGAGCUAGAGGAACGGUGCGUGGACAAGCUCGUGCAAAAUGUUACCGCGGAGAACGCCUUCGAAGUGAUCGAGUUCGCGGCUAAGAAUAAGAUGACACAGCUGAUGCUGGCAGUCCUGGAAUGUGUGGAGUCCGGGUUAGUUCACGUCUCAGAAAUGCGAAAUCACCUUCAGAAGCAGUGAACCCGCGCUGGUAUUAAGUUACGCUUUACGCUUGGUCAAUGACUACUCUUUCGCUAUACUAGCGUACAGUGAAAGAGUAAACAUUAAAACAAUUUGAGGUCAUACAA